UGCCUGAGGGCGGGGCGGCCUGGGGCUGGACGGCCUGGGGCAGGACGGUGCAGAGUUCAGCCUGAGAGUGGAAUAACGGCAAGGCCUGGGCCUAGCCUGUUGGUCCCGUUAGGGUCUCGCUCGUCGCCUGCUGAGUCGCAGCUGCACCCCUGGACACGUAUCUUCUGUGGCCGCUCAGGCCGCUCUCUGGCUGCCAUGGCCCUCGUCGCCGGCCUAUGGGCCUUCGGGUUGAAGGGGCCGGGCUGGCUCCUGCGCCGUGCGUGGACCCUGCACGCUGCCGCCUUCUGCAACCGGGGGCUGGAGGCAACCGGGCGGCCGGAGUCCGAGCCGCGGCUCACCAGCGCGCGGCAGCGGGACGGCAUCAGGAACAUUGUCUUGAGCAAUCCAAAGAAGAGGAAUGCACUGUCACUUGAAAUGCUGAAAUCUCUCCAAAAUGACAUUCUUCAUGAAGCUGAAAGCAAAGAUCUGAAAGUCAUUAUCAUUUCAGCUGAGGGCCCUGUGUUUUCCUCUGGGCAUGAUUUAAGGGAAUUGACAGAAGAGCAAGGCCAUGAUCAUCACAUGGAAGUGUUUCGGAUCUGUUCUGAGGUCAUGAUGCUGAUCCGGAACCACCCGGUCCCCAUCAUUGCCAUGGUCAAUGGCUUGGCCUCAGCAGCCGGUUGUCAGCUGGUUGCCAGCUGCGACAUUGCCGUGGCCAGCGACAAGUCCUCUUUCGCCACUCCGGGGGUGAACGUGGGGCUCUUCUGCUCCACCCCUGGGGUCGCCUUGGGGAGAGCAGUGCCCAGAAAGGUCGCCUUGGAGAUGCUUUGCACUGGGGAGCCCAUCUCUGCUCAGCAGGCCUUGCUCCAUGGGCUGCUCAGCAAAGUCGUGCCUGAAGAGCAGCUGGAGGAAGAGACCAUGCGAAUAGCCAGGAAGAUCGCCUCCCUGAGCCGCCCCGUGAUGUCUCUGGGCAAGGCCAUGUUCUACAAGCAGCUGACCCAGGACCUUAGAACAGCCUACCACCUCACCUCCCAGACCAUGGUGGACAACCUGGCCCUGGGGGAUGCACAGGAGGGAAUCAAGGCCUUUAUCCAGAAGAGAAAACCCACCUGGACACACUGAGCCAGCAUGAACAGAGGAAUGGCGGGAGAGUGAGCCCAGUGGGCAGCACCCAGAAGCCCCCUAGUCCUCACCCCCUCACCCCUGACCGCCACUGCUGUCUCUUGAUGGUAACGGAAGACAGCCUGCUUUUAUGACACUAAUAGUGGUCUGCUGAGGGCCAUUGCCAGGUAGGAAUGACGCAUCGAAAUUUCCUUGCCAGCGUACCCCUUGUUGCUUAGAGGAAGGACUCGUGGAAAUGGACUUGCCUUGGACAUUCGCUGUGACAUU